CUAUCCUCAGUUCGCAGUGAAGAGCCGGGCGGCGGGGUUGACCUACUGACAUCGCUGUGCUGCAGCAGUGAGAGUGCUUUACUUGGCCACCUGCUCCGUGGUGUACGGUGUACUGUGUGGCUUAGUCUUGCCGUGGCAUUGUGCGCGGACCUGUGAAGAGCGCACUUUCGCGUGACCUGACGGCUGCUCUUUUGAGUCCAUGCAGGAAUUCAUACUUGUAUGAUGCGGUCGGGCUCCGUUGGCCGUGGCGCCGUCUUGGAAGGUCACGAUACCGGAACAGCAGUCAGGCCGCACGCCACCAUGCUCAAGAAGGAAAAGCCUAUGAUGUCCGUCGCCGCUAUCAUACAGGGCGCGCAGACGCAGCACUGGACCAGAGGAAUAAGCUUAGAGAACAAUCUUUCGAUAAGCUCAAUGGGUCCACAAUCACCAUUGGAUAUGAAACCAGAUACAGCUAGCCUAAUUAGCUCUGGCAGUUUUAGUCCCACUGGAGGACCUAACAGCCCAGGUUCAUUUACAAUUGGACACAGUAGCCUGUUGAACAACUCAAGCAACCAGGCAAAAGGUUCAUCUUCACAGUAUCCACCAAAUCAUCCACUCAGUGGCUCCAAACACCUUUGUUCUAUUUGUGGAGAUAGAGCGAGUGGAAAGCAUUAUGGUGUUUACAGCUGUGAGGGUUGUAAAGGAUUUUUUAAACGCACAGUGAGAAAAGACUUGUCAUAUGCAUGUCGGGAAGACAAAAACUGCAUAAUAGACAAACGCCAACGUAACAGGUGCCAGUAUUGUAGAUAUCAAAAAUGCCUCGCUAUGGGAAUGAAGAGAGAGGCAGUUCAGGAGGAAAGGCAGCGAACAAAGGAACGUGAUCAGAAUGAAGUUGAAUCAACAAGCAGCCUGCAUACAGACAUGCCUGUUGAACGCAUUCUCGAAGCUGAAAAACGAGUGGAGUGCAAAGCAGAAAACCAAGUGGAAUAUGAGAGUACAAUGAAUAACAUUUGCCAGGCUGCCAAUAUCUGCCAAGCUACCAACAAGCAACUGUUUCAGCUGGUGGAGUGGGCUAAACACAUCCCGCACUUCACAUCCCUACCUCUGGAGGACCAGGUUCUCCUCCUCAGAGCAGGUUGGAAUGAGCUGCUAAUUGCAGCAUUCUCACAUCGAUCUGUAGAUGUUAAAGAUGGUAUAGUACUUGCCACUGGACUCACAGUGCAUCGAAAUUCUGCCCAUCAAGCGGGAGUGGGCACAAUAUUUGACCGUGUUUUGACAGAAUUGGUGGCAAAGAUGAGAGAAAUGAAAAUGGAUAAAACAGAACUUGGCUGCUUGAGAUCUGUAAUUCUUUUCAAUCCAGAGGUGAGGGGUUUGAAAUCUGCCCAGGAGGUGGAACUUCUUCGUGAAAAAGUAUAUGCAGCUUUGGAAGAAUAUACUAGAACAACACACCCUGACGAACCAGGACGAUUUGCGAAACUUCUGCUUCGUCUGCCUUCUUUACGUUCCAUAGGCCUUAAGUGUUUGGAGCAUUUGUUUUUCUUUCGCCUUAUUGGAGAUGUUCCAAUUGAUACGUUCCUUAUGGAGAUGCUUGAAUCGCCUUCGGAUUCAUAAUUCGCUUUCUGUUGAUACAACGAAGAGACUUGUCUGUCCAAACUCAGAUCUUAAAAUAUGCUCAAAUGAAAUUAAAUUGGCAAUGGAUCAUGUUGUGCACUUCAUGCUUUAUCAGUUGGUUUUAUGAGGGAACAGUUUCAAUAGAAAUGCGUUAUUUUUUGAAUGAAGUGUUUUUAUAUUUUUUCCAUUGUAAAUGUGUGCUCAAAAUACUGAGAUAAAUUUAUAAAUUUGGUUCCCUUUGUGGGUCUCUCAGUUUUAUCUAGUACAUGUUCAUUUGUCAGUCAUACAAAAAUGUAGCAGGAUGGUCCAUCAUGUGCUUCAGAUUUCACUUGUAGGUCAAGAAACAGACAUGCUUAAGGCAUUAGGUUGCCACCCUCAAACAGACUAUAUUUCAUCAUCUGACAGGUGCAUUAGAAUGUUUUCUGCAUAUCUGUUCUUGUAUAUUAUAUUCAUUUUAUGUCUUGACUCAGGAUGGGUAUAAUAAACUCACGUGUUUCAUUACACAGGUAACAUUAGACUUUCUUUAUAAUAUUGUCAGUGGAUUUGUUUAUGUAUCCAUUUUAUACAGUUUGUCAUUCUUUGUGCUGUAUUUAUAUUUUGUGGGAAUUAGAAUUGGAGGAGGGAAAGCAAAAAAUGUAUUUUAAUUACUGGAAUUCUCUCUCCUUUGUGGUAUAGUUCAAUAGCUACAGACUAGUUUGAGAGGUAAACUGAAACGUUACUUGAUUGAAGCUGAGCAUGCCUGCUCAUUGCAAAAGACCACAUUUGUACACCACUGCAGUUAGUUUUCUGGUUUGGUAUACCAAGAUAUGGGAUGUGCUGAGACAACUUUCCCUAGUUCACAUGUACCGAGCUAGAACUCCACAGAGUGGCUCCAUAAACCCAUAAAGCAGUUAAUGAAUUUCAUAUAAGAGGAGAUCGUGCAGAUUACAUUUUGACUGGCCUUAUACAGGGUGUAAAGGGUAUAAAUGCAGAUAUUUCUGUUGGUUAGUGAAGUCAGUGUACUGAACAAUAUCACAUCAGUAUGUAUGUCAUUUGCAGACUAAUAAUUCUAGCUAUGAUAAGACAUAUGUUUUUAGGUUGGUUAGUACCUCCAACUACGUGUGGCAAGAGCAAGCCAUUAAUACUCAUUUUCCCUGGGCAGCAGGUCAGGUGUUGAAGUGCGGAUGUGUGGACACAAAAUGGUUAGUCUACAUUGAUAGGUGUGGUCAACUUAGUGGUGCAGUUACAACUGUGCAAAAAACAUCAGGUAGUAAAUCAUGUUACUUGUUUGUGGGAAGACUGUUUGACAAAGAGAAAAACAACCAACACACUGCUGUAUGUACAUAUUAAGAUACCACAAAUAAAAAUAUCUGCACUUACGCCGGUUACACACUGUGUACACUAGUGUCUUAGCUUAUCUGCUGAAAGAGUUUUCUCUCAGCAUGCUGAGGGACUUCAGCAGUAGUCGCAAGAUAUUCCCAUUGCAGUCGUAUUUAAGAACCGUAGGAAGGGUGUUAUUUGGAUUAUUAUUGCAGUGAUUUUUAAGUGACUGCUAUUUCAGAACUUCUGUAUUGUGUCUUACAAUUAACGCUCUCAAGUAUAUGUUGCUUAUGCUUAAAGAUGAAGCAUGUGUUGUUGUGUUAUGUACUGUUGUCCUCUGCUAAGAUCUACUACAUUAAGAUCAACUUUUGCCAUAUUAGUAAAUUUACUGUCCUACAGUCUGGUAAUUCCAGAGUGCAAACAAGAAACAAUAAUGAGGAAUGGCAACUGAUCCUCUUAUGCAUAGUGAUGUAAUGCACAAACAGAUGUGUAACAACAUACAGAUGCCACUAGCUUUGAAACUACUGCUUUUUUCUAGUGUAAGCACUUUUUCUGAAGGUAUGUCCACAGAAUACCUCUUUCCUGAUAUGGAGCUGCUGAGGCAUGCGAACAAAAGUGCAAGUGCAAAAAUUAGUGGAAAGAACGCAUGUACACAUGCGUGUCUUUGUGUCUGCAUGUUUCCUAUACAUCCAUUUCAUUGCUUGACAGUUUGUGCUGUGUUUGUGAUGAAAGGUGACAGAAGAAGUGCACACAGGGUAACUGUGUGUAAAACAGUAUCUAAAUGUCAGAUGUAUAAGAAAUACAAAGUGAUGGCAACAUUUAGUUUGCAAAUUUCAUGAGGUCACAGCAAGAUUUAAGAUUUUCUGCUUGGUAACUGUAAGAGUAAGGCUGGCAAUAACAUUUCGUUGGCUGGAAAAUACAGACCUACAGACCAGUUUGAGCUAUUAAUUUCACAUAAAAAAACAAUUUCCGUGAUUAUUCCUGAAACUGAGAAAUGCUUAAGGGAGGUUCUUAGUCAUUCUGUGAAGGUUGUCUUUCAGUGAGUCACUUAUAUUUAAUUUUAUAAAAAGUUGUUCUCACAACUUCAAUUAAAAAUUAUUAUAUAAAGAUUGACUGACAAUUUCAGUAAUGCCAUAGACCCAAGAAUAGACUAGAGGGUAGUUGUUUUUCCCAAUUUUGUAUUACCAGUGUUCUUGCUUUUCAGUUCCUAGUAUGUGGUUGAGCAAAGCCACUUAUUCCAUCUUCUCCUUUGUUCAGAUGCCAGGCUCCCCAACUGUGCUAUUAAGUCGCCAUUACAUGAAUAUUUGUCCACAGUUUUCAUAUGCAUUUUUCAUAAAUUUGUAAGGUGCUGCUUCUCUGUUUUCCUACUUUGAGACUUGUCUCUUACUUUACAGUAAUAUGAUUGGAGACUUUUUAUCUAAUACUUGAAACUCACGGCAUCACAUCUCAAAUUUUUAUUGAAACAGUCCUUAGAAGCAGCAUUCCAUAUGACGUAUCUUUGUCUGUAAUAUUUUAUAAAUUUCCCCGUGCUUUCUGUGGAGUCAACAUAACCUCAACACACUACACAAUGAAACCCACAUGGACCGUAGUUGCCUGUCAUUUGCUGAGCAGUGCAAGAGAUUUCCACCAAACCUGGAAAGCAAUGGACUUUCAUGCACAGCCUUCACUUUGAGGAAAUUACACAUGCACAAAAGCACAGGCAUAGUUGUGCUAUUGGAAAUGUAAACUCUUGCACAAACUUGAACAGAAAAAAAGGCAUCAUGUGGACGUACCUUUUCACACACAACUACAAAAAGUGCCCCCAGAUAGUGGCUGUGAUGACACUGUUGUGGCUGCUGUUGGUGGAUGUAUUUGGUUGUCUAAGUGGUGAUGUAUGUGAGGUGCUGAGUGCACAAUGAAAAACGGCUUAUCUCUGACUUACUGUCCCCCUCCCCAUCACUUAUUGGUUGACUACAAGUGAGUGGUUGCAUUUUCAAAUUUUUGUUUCUUGUCUUUUGUUGUUCUUGUGCUUGAUAAGACACCUCUCUUUGGUUUGAGAUGAUACUGCUGGAAAGAGAAAAUUGUCUGUUAGCAAUGUUUGAUAGUGUAAUGGAUGUAAGAGAUUUAUCUUUCAUUCAGCUGAAAAAAUGAAGUAGCUAUAGUAAACAAAAGAAUGUAUUUUCCAACAACAAAAACCUGCGAGAAACAUGGAAAAUUGGAGGGAAAGCUUAUAUCUUCUAUUUAUUAUUAUUGUUUGUUUGUGUAUCAUCCAUUUCAUGUGCUUGUAAGUUAGACUGGCCUUUUAUUUUUGAGUGUCAUUUUCAGAAUAAAUGUUCCAUUUAAUGUAAUAAAUUUGUGCUUGAUAACGUACUUGUUUCAACUGGCAUGUAAUACAAUACAAUAGUCAUUAAGGUUGUCAUUGAUAUUAAAGCACACCCUUCAAAUUUAAUGGAUGUUUCUGAUCACAUGUCAUCUACAUAAUUCAAUGAAUAUUUUGUACAUUUGUUCAAAUAGUAGUUCUACAUUCCACUGGAAAAUUUGUCAUUCUUGCCAUUAAGGACAAAUAUUUGUAGUCUAGGAUCAAUUCUGAUAUGUCAGGUGUGUGUUACUUUGUAGGAAAUUGCUUUGAAAUAACUAGUAUAUGUGUUGAAAUACAUCUGUAAAAGAUAGGUUUCACUCCUAUUUUGUCUGAAUAAUUCUGUUUCAUUAAGCUACACCUUAUGUAAUGGUACAUCAUGUUCAUUUAGUCAUUUAGGAAGAAAUACUUGUAGAACUUAUGCAGAAUUGUGGCUGUUACUAAAAUCCUCUUGUGGUACUAUUUCAUGUAAACAUUCAUUUGCCAAAUGUUCACAUAAAAUUACUUCAUGAAUGUUAUAAAACAAUUAUAUUCUGAUCUUAAUAUAUAAUAGAUUGUUGAGAUAUUGGCAAGCAUUUAAGGGUAGGACUUACGCAGAGCAGUAUAACAAAAGUAAAAUAUUUAUAGAUUAGAUAAUAUUCAGUCUUUCAGGUAAAAUUCUCCAGAGGACAGAAAAUUUCAAAUUCUAUCAGAAGUCAUCAGAGAUCAUACUCCAGGUGUUUAAUGAGGUUGAUGGAGAAAGUGCAUUCAUUUUCAAGUACGGCACUGGCAUGUAGUAUCUAUUCAGUAUGUACUUUUAAGAGAGCCCUGCAUUAUUAUAAAGAAGACACUGAGUUUAUAAUAUCCUAGAGUCAUGAAAGCUCUGAUGGCCUUUGCAGAAAGCCAUGCAAAAUUUAAUAAUUUGUGCAUUUUGUUUUGCAUCCUUUGAUACUUGUAACGUGUUGCCAUUGAAAGUAUUUAUGCUGUCAGAAUUGCUGUGGACAAUGAGAACUGACAUGAUCAUGCCAUAAAAAACUCAUCACGAAGUUUAAAUAUUGUACUCAUUCUGGAAACCUUAAAAUAUUGCAAAUAGAUACUGAGGCAAGUAAGAGAUACUGAAACAAUAAAGGCUUUAAUUACAGUUCAAAUUCCAUGAUUUAUCAGCUUGAUUUUGGUAGGACUUCUAGCCCAUGAAAUAAAUCAGUGGCUCGCUUGUAGGGAUAUACAGUCUGUUGUUUUGAAGUGCAAUUCUUUUAUACUGUUGUAAUUGGGUUUUUGAAAAGGAAAUGCCUGUUUUGGAAUGGAGAGAGAUACUUAUAGUCUGAGAAUUUCCUGUAGGCUUAAAAUCACAGACUUGAUCAAAUGAAUAUAUUGCAUAAGACUUGUUUAAUAUAUCUGUUCAUGUUAUGUAAAAAGAAGUUUAUCAUUCUUAGUUCAUUACACAUGAUGCAUUUCAGUGCUGUGCUGUUUAUAUAGUUUUGUGGAUGUUUUUCCACUGUCUUCCUGUUUUGUACAAUAUGUAUUAAAAUACUGUUGUGUAUUUUCUGGACUUAAUAAUACGUUAAUGCUGAGAAAAGAUAUAAGAAUCACUUUGUAAAAACCUUUAAAGAACUACAAAAUGCUAUUGAUGUUACUUGGAUUUACAAGUUUUACUGUUAACUUUGAUCAAAUACAUUAAUCUGUUAUUCUGUGCAAGAAUAAAAUGUUUAGCUAUUAA